CAUUCGAUCGCCGACCGCCGCGCCGCGCGCACGUCCGCCAUGUUUUAUUUAAUAGUGUUGUUAUUUUCAAGUGCGUACGCGCAGACCAUAGUGAAUACUACGCAGGGAGAAGUGCAAGGUGCACAGGCGAGUGAUGGGAACUAUACAGUGUUUUAUGGUGUACAUUAUGCCGGUUCUACGUCGGGCGCUAAUCGGUUCAAGGCACCGCCUCCACCAGCAAGAUACCCUGGCGUGUUCCAUGCCAUCGACAGGACAGUCAUAUGCGCCCACCCCACCCCUCGAGGAAUCGUAGGCGUAGAGGACUGCCUAGUCCUCAACAUCCACACAAAGAACGUCACCACGCCCAAACCAGUCAUGGUCAUCCUACUCGGAGAUGAGUACUCUUCUAUCGACAUCAAGCAGUACUCUUAUAGAAGACUUGUUGAAUCUGACGUGGUUGUGGUCACCAUGAAUUACAGAUUAUCUAUCUUUGGAUUCUUAUGCUUGGGUGUGCCUGAAGCGCCAGGCAAUGCAGGAUUAAAGGAUGUCGUGCAAGGAUUACAAUGGAUACGGGAUAAUAUUGCAGCAUUUGGCGGUGAUCCGAACAAUGUGCUUCUAUUUGGACAUGGUUCGGGAGCGGCUAUGGUAGAUCUGAUCACACUGUCUCCGUUAGCAACCAAUUUAGUCCAUAAAGCUAUAACGCAGAGUGGUUCUGCUUUAGCACCAUGGGCUAUUGCUUACGAACCUAUCAAAUAUGCCCAAGUUUUUGCAGAACAGCUCAGUUACACAGGGGAAACUCCAGGGGGACUGGCUAGCAAAAUAAUCACGACUGACAUAUCCCUCCUAGCUCCAGCAUUACAGAGCAUUAGUUUCCUAAACAACUCCGUCCUUUUCGCUCCAUGCAUUGAAAACAAAGCUCUCAACGAUACUUUCCUCAGUGAAGCUCCCAUUGACUUGUUAAGAUCUGGCAACUACAGCCAUAUUCCUUUUAUAGCCGGCUACACGGACAGAGAAGGCACGAUCAGAGCUGGUGAAGCGGUUAACGAGGGAUGGCUUGAAAGAAUGCAAACGAAUUUCACAGACUUCAUCCAGGUCGAUUUAGCAUUCAAUGCAACAGCAAACAAAACCGUUGUAGCUAACAACAUAAGAACGUUCUACUGGGAUAAUAGAGCAGUGAACAUGGAGACGAUAACAGAUUUCUUGAACUAUCAUGGAGAUACGGCAGUGGUUGUGUCAGUGAUAAGAGGGGCCAGGGAAAGAGCAUUAACCUCAAGAGCUGCCGUGCGACUCUUGGAGUUCACAUACAGAGGCACGAGGAACUCCGAUUGGAUCUACCAUCAGAUCCCGAUCGACGGAGUCUGGCACGGCGCUGUUCUGAACUACCUGUUCGACUACGACCUUAAGCCGGAGGACGAGAACGCCAGGGCGUCUCUAGUCAGGCGCUUCGUGUCAUUCGCUAAGACCGGAGAGCCAACCAACGACCAAGUGACCUGGCAACCAGUAACCGCCAGCGCCUUCAACUACCUCUACUACGCCGGCGACUCUGCGACCUCCCUCGUCACCCUGCAAGAAUCCGGCCGCGUCAACCCCCACUCCGGCCGAAUGACCUUCUGGGACAACCUGUAUGACGCAUAUUACGUGCGUCCACCAACGGUGUCUUCGGCGGACAAGGUUGUUGGCCUCGCUUUCGUGUUAGGGUUGGCGCAAAUUGUGCUCGCUUAUUUAUAAAUGUUUAAGUAGAUUUUUUAAACGU